AAUAUAUUCACACUUCCGACUGCAGGUUCUAUGACUGCUUUUAUGAAAGGUACCCUUGUCCAGAACUGUUGGGUAUGAAACUAAAGAAUAUUUAUUGCAGCCUGUCCUUAAUAGAACAUGACGAUUUGUAUCGUGAGAUAACUCAUCCAGAGAAGGCAAGGCGCAAGUUAGCAGUUAAAGCUGGUAUUACGACUAAGGAAAAUUACUGGUUAAAGUCAAUCAUAGACUGUUUCAUGUUUAGUUUGGCACCUUCCUACGUAUCUGAAUCUCUCAACUGUAAUUUACUGAAAUCGCGUGUACUCAGAAUACAGAGAGAGUGUUACACGCAAGGUAAUAUUUGUGAAGUUGGUUGGAAAAACCGUGAAGGACUGUGGCACCUAUACAGUUAUGCCAUGACAUCUCUCACACAGCGUUACGAAUGGGUGUGGUAUAAUAUAGCAGUGAUUGCUUCAAAUUGCACAGCACCAAUUGGUGUGGAAUUAUCAAAAUGGAUCAACUCUCAUAUCAUUCCUUAAUAACUGACAAGAGGAAAAAUGUAAUGAACAAUAUAUCAAGUUUCUGAGUAGUAUAAAUCUUUUUAACUGAUUUCGUCAUUAAGCCCUGCCAUCAAUGAUAAUAACAAGAAAGAAAAAAAAAACAACAACAACAAUAACGACAACUACAAAAACAACAACAAUAAUAAUUAUAGUAAUAGUAAUUCUUACUAACAUUGGUACAAGACAUCAGAUUUUUCAGGUAUGAGGGCCAGUCUGUUACAUUGAAUCCAAUAUUCUACCGGUACCUAUUUCAUCGAUUCCGAAAUAAUAAUAAUAAUAAUAAUAAUAAUAAUAAUAAUAAUAAUAAUAAUAAUAAUAAUAAUAAUAAAUUGCCCUGCUGCAACACCAGGUACUGGCUCUCAUGGCUUCUGAUCUUAACUGAUUGGAAGUGUUAUCAUGUACAUGUUUUGUCUUAGUGUAGAAAAGGGUUUCAGCAAAUAUUCUGCUCGAUACCACAGAUUCACUUCUCAGUUGUUUGACCGUAACCAGUUGAGCCUUUUCCUUAGUGGCUGACAACGUGUGCAUCACUGAUCACGAGCAGAAGUAAUGGGGGAGCUUCAUAGCCAUGUCUUGAGAGGAAUUCUUUGGGGGUUUGAAUAAUUCACUUCUGGAAACAUGGGUGUCUCGUUCAACAUCCUUAUACAACCCUUAUUCAAGGACCUUUUGAACAGGAUGGUCUACUUGACCUGAAGAAAAUUGUAAAUAAGCCCCACCUGCAGGUCAAACGCUGUUAAUCUUGAUAUGAGAUCAUCAUGUCGCCCACAUAUUGUUAUGAUGGAUGUGCCUUGUGUAGCCUUAUUAGACUGGUAUUCAUGAUGGGAAUAUUGAGUCUUGGAAAUUUGUACCCCAGUGUCACUUUGACGGCAUGUGCUGCUCUCUCACUCAAUAAUAAUAAUAAUGAUAAUAAUAAUAAUAAUAAUAAUAAUAAUAAUAAUAAUAAUAAUAAUAAUAAUAAUAAUAAGGAUGAGUUACCUCAAUCCUUUCUAUAUUAACCAAAAUGAAGUAGAUUGACAAAUUUAUUUUUUGAACCAGUUGAAGACACACGAGAUGUCGAAAUAUCGUUCACCAGAUAACAAAUGGCACUCUUCUUUUAAUUUUGAUUUAAUAAUAAUAAUAAUAAUAAUAAUAAUAAUAAAGUAAAACACUAUCGACCUGAAAA